GGAAGAGGUACCUGAGAAGAGCUCGAUGCUACCUAAGAAAGGGAGUAAAUGCAUCAAAUAGACGGCUAAACGGAGCAAUGACUCACGAGCUUGCUUCGGAUCCCUAGCCGACGAUUCAUUGACUCCGGAAACGAAUAGCUCCCCAGAAAGAAAGCUAAAACAUCAUGUAGUAGCAUAAUGUUUUGUCCCAGGUCUAACGUGGCUCCAAUCUUAGCCGCUUAACCCCCAUGGGAUCUGUAUGGCGCUAUCUGUUGUAGGCGUGUGAAUGGGCGAAGAUACGUAAUCCCGCGGCCGACGGCGGAGGGAGUAGUCUCCACUCUAUGUCUGUAUCCAGGAGGUGGAUGUUCUUUUAGACGACCGUUCGGUUGAGUGGUACCCGACGUAACCUCGGCGUCCGGACCGAGAAAACGAAGGGGAGUUUAUUCAAAUCAUUAUGGGUGCCGUUGGAGUCCUUCCAUCUUGUGUCCUCUGCCGACUCCUCAUGGGCAGUCAACUUCACCGUGAAACCCUCUUCCCUUAGAUACCCUCAUAGCAUUAGUAUUAGACUUAAUUCUUUCGUUGGUGCCGGACUCUUCUAUCACGAUGCCCCUCACAACACCCUCCGUGUUCCCGCCGGCUUCGGACGAAUUCGUCAAGUUCGCGAGCCGACGCAGCGUCGUCCACAGCACGAAAGGUAUUGUCGCGUGCUCGCAGUCUCUAGCAGCCAAGUGCGGCAUCGAAGUUCUCGAUGCGGGUGGAAAUUGUGUCGAUGCGGCGGUUGCCGUUGCUGCGGGCCUUAACAUGACGGAACCCUGCUCAACCGGCAUCGGCGGCGACAUGUUCUGUCUGUUCUACGAUGCCAAGACAAAGAAGAUCUCGGCACUCAACGGCUCAGGCCGGUCCGGCGCCAAGUAUACGUUAGAGACGAUACGAAAGUCUCUCGGGAUCCCUGAUGGCCAGCCGGGUAACAUUCCCAUGCACAGCGUGCACGCCGUCUCUGUGCCUGGGGCGCCGGCAGGCUGGUGCGAUUCUGUUGCUCGCUUUGGUAGCGGCAAGGUUACGAUGGAGCAGAUUCUUGCACCCGCCAUUGAACUGGGUGAGAAGGGGUUUCCUGUGGCUGAAGGUGUCGCUUAUUGGUGGGAUCGUUCUGAGCCGCUCAUUCGCCGCGCCUCACCGAACGGCGCCGAGAUGCUGAAGACGGAUCCAUCCGUGGUAGGUGGCGUGCGGGCGCCACGGGCAGGUGAAAUCAUGAAGAAUCCCACGCUAGCGAAGACGUUCCGGACUCUUGCGACGGAGGGAAAAGAAGGGUUCUACAAGGGUCGCAUCGCAGAGGAACUUGUUAAAGUCGUGCAAGAUCUCGGAGGUCAUCUCGAAUUAGACGAUCUGGCACAUCACCUCGACGUAGGAAGCGAACCAGUGGACGCGAUCUCGCUAAAAUUUCGCGGUCAGAAUGUAGCACAAAAGCUAUGGAACCAAAUUGCAGACCCCUCACAGCAGGCAACAAAUCCGGAUCUCGGGCUCGAGAUUUGGGAGCACCCGCCAAACGGCCAGGGGAUCGUGGCGUUGAUGGCACUAGGCAUCAUUCAAGAGUUAGAGCGCGACGGGAAGAUCCCCACGUUUACGCCGGAAGAUUUCAACACAGCGCCAUAUCUACAUGCCAUCAUCGAGGCGCUGCGCAUCUCGUUCGCGGACGCAAGCUGGUUCGUCACGGAUCCGAACGUAGAGCGCGUACCGGUGGCCGAUCUGCUGUCCCGAGAGUAUCUGUCUUCGCGGGCGAGGAAGCUAUUCUCACCCGAGAAGGCCGGCGCCAUACCCGAGCACGGCAUGCCGUCCCCGGCACACCAAAGCAGCGACACCGUGUACUUCGCGGUGUCCGACAGCGAGGGCAACGCUGUCUCCUUCAUCAAUAGUAACUACGGGGGUUUCGGAACGUGCAUAAUUCCCAAAGGCUGCGGUUUCACGCUUCAGAACCGCGCGGCGAAUUUCAGCCUGGAUCCCUCGGGUCACCAUCCGAAUAUCCUAGCACCGCGCAAGAGGCCAUAUCACACCAUCAUCCCCGCCGCUGUUACGAAUCUUCACGACGGCAGCUUACACUCCGUGUAUGGCGUCAUGGGUGGAUUUAUGCAGCCCCAAGGACACGUGCAGGUGCUCCUCGGACAAAUUGUAGGAGGACUUAACCCGCAACAAGCACUCGACGCUCCACGUGUAUGUAUUGGGGCGGGAAUGCCAGAAGAUGGCAAGGUCAUCGACACGAAGGUGUUCGUAGAGGAGGGGAUGCCGGAGACGACAAUCGAGGGAUUACGAAAGCUAGGCCACGACGUCGCGGUCCUUACAGGAAUGGCUAGGGCAAAGUUUGGUAGGGGUCAGAUCAUUCGCUGGACGACGGACCCUAUAGAAAAGGACAUAGGUGUCUGGUCUGCGGGCAGUGACAUGCGUGGAGAUGGCGCGGCAUAUCCGCAAUGAACGCUGCGCAGACAGCUUACGGGAGAACAAGAGGCUGUAGGAUUGUCGAUGUCUAGACUAAACGAGAUAAUUUUAAACCAACAAGACUCAAAUCAGAAUACGGAGUACUUUUGGGCUAUACCGAAAGCCUACGCUGUCAAACCCCUCAGGUAGAAAUAUGGAU